UUAUUUCUUGUUAACAGCUGUUCUAUGCUUUUCUUAAAUACUUGAAUAUUUUUCAUUUUUCAUUUGCACUUUUAUUCUAUUGAAAAGACUAUUUUAAAAUAAUUAGUGGGCGAACAAAAAAAUAAAAAAAAAUAUUUCCUUUACAAAUGGAUGAAGAAUUGCCGAAAGAAUUUGAUUUGAUAGUUAUUGGGACAGGUUUUCCUGAAACUGUAGUGGCGGCCGCGGCUAGUAGAAUAGGAAAAACUGUUCUACACAUAGAUCCUAAUGAAUAUUAUGGAGGCUCGUGGUCUUCUUUCAGUUUGGAAGCAUUUAUUAUGCUAAUGGAUGGCAGGGCCAUUAGAAAUCGGGAAAUAACCCAUUUUCAAUAUCAGUGGCAUAUACCUUUAGAAGCCGAGGAAGAGAUGCAAGAGCAAUGCGAAGCUAACAACCAAAAGUGGUCUGUGUCUCGGUUGAUGCAGCUUUCACGUAAAUUUAAUAUAGAUUUAUGUCCAAAAAUUUUGUACUCGUCUGGUAAGCUAGUGCAAUUAUUGAUUUCCUCGAAUAUAUGUCGCUACGCUGAAUUUCGAGCCAUUGAUCGCGUUUGUACGGUUUAUCAAAAUGAAUUACUUAACGUUCCUUGCUCGCGCAGCGACGUUUUUAAUACCAAAGAUUUGAAUAUUGUUGAAAAACGUUUAUUAAUGAAAUUUCUAACAACUUGCAUGGCGUACGGUGAGAACAAAUGUGAGGAAGAUUCUGUAGAGUUUCGUGGUCGACCUUUCAGUGAAUAUCUAAAAAAACAACAAAUUACUGAAAAAAUUAAUCGCUGUAUUAUGCAAGCGAUAGCAAUGGUUAACGAAGACACUAGCUUUGAAGAAGGUAUGGAGAAAACGAAAAAGUUUUUGCAAAGUCUAGGUCGUUACGGCAACACGCCUUUCAUAUUUCCAAUGUACGGUUGUGGGGAAAUACCACAAUGCUUUUGUCGAUUUUGCGCGGUUUUUGGUGGCAUCUACUGUUUGAAAAAAGAAAUCACUGAUAUACAUGUCGAAGAAAAUGGGAACAAGGUGAUCGUAGAAGUAGAGAAUCUACAAACAAUUCAAGCUGAUUAUGUGGUUUGUUCGCCUGGUAACUUAACCGAACAAUUGAAAGCAAUGAAGGAAGUGAAGAACCAUUUGUCUAGAGGAAUAUUUUUGAGCAUACAGCCAUUGGGCGGUGGAGAGUCGGCCAAAAAUGGAGGUGGUACUGAUGGAGGAGUAAAUUUAUUGAGGCUUCUAACAUCAGAUGGUCAAAGAGAAGCCAUUUGCAUACAAUUAUCCUGCCCUUCAGGCACAUGUCCCAAAGGAAUAUACAUAUAUCACUUGAUUUCUCCAUCUAUAAGUAAUGAUCCCGCUACUGAUUUGCAACCAUUUAAGGAAGUAAUCUUUCCCGAUCUAUCACUUUUAUUAAUGAGCGCCUAUUUUACCAUAACAAGUUAUAAUUACGAACCGUUUGACACAAACGGCCGCAUUCUUGUUACUGAUCCGCCUUUCUAUGAAUUAGAUUAUGAUUUAUCUAUAGAAAAUGCUUAUGAAAUAUUUAAGAAACUUUACAAUGAUGCCGAGUUUCUACCAAGAGCACCGGAUCCCGAGGAAAUUGUCAUCGAAGGCGAGGAUCCUCGUGCCUUAAUCGAAAAUCAGUUACCUGAAGAUUUAAGAGCUCAGCUACACGAAUUGGAGAUGGCCACGCACAAUAUGGACAUUGAAGAAAAUAUGAAUAUUCGAGCUGUGACUCCUAAAGCCAUGGAAGCAGAAUAAAAUGCAACAAGAGAACAUUCCUUACUAAUAAUUUAAUUAACUUAUUACAUCUCUAGAGUAAAGCCUUUCUCAGUGUAGGAUUUAAUAAAGUUUUUGAAGUGUUUAACUGCA